AUGGGCUGCUGUGAAAGCAAGCUCCCUGCUGAACUCCCAGCGAAGUCCUGCCCUGCACAGCCCCCGACAGAGGGAGAUCUACUGGGCAGAGAGGGUGCGCCCCUUCAGCUUCCCUGCAGUGCAGCCCCGAACUUGCUCACAAGCCGAGCCCGUGAACCCUUGAAAGGGGCACAUGUGGCACCGCGAAGCUGGGAGGAUCACCUGAAGACGGUCGGGGUAGAAUUGCAGCCUCUUCUUCGGGAUCAUGCCUUUGUGGCAACGUGCUGUGACCUCGACUGUUCCGGAAAUCUCGACGAGCAUGAGUUGAAGCAGGCUUUGGCAUGUUUUGGUUUGAAACCUCCUCCGCAGCAGGUGACAGAGUUGAUGGGCGCAAGGGCCCGGUUGGACACGGAGACUUUCCGCCAAGUGGCGUUGGAUUUGGCCAAGCACCUUCCACGGGAAAUGAGAUGUCCAGCUGCAGUCCCCCAUUCUCUGCGUGGAAUGGCCCUCGGACAACUGAAGUACUUACAGGAGAUUUUUGUUGCAUCCGGGUGGUUGGAGCGGAGGUGCCAGCAGCACAAUGACGAACACGCAGAUGCCAUCCAGCAAGGCAUGGCCUUUCAACAAGGCCCGAAUCUCUAUGCCAUGGAUAGUCAUGUCGUGACUCCCCUCACCAAGCCAGGCGAAUGUGAAGCUCGAAGGCAGCUUGGUGAAAGCAAGCUUGUCCCCAGAGCGAGGCACCAGUCCUCGUUUUCCGAGCUUGUGAACCCGUCGGGCUGCCGAGUGCACUUCUUCGUCUCACACUUUUGGGGCCACCUCUUUGAGAAGACCAUGCAAGCCCUGGGCGCCUGGGCGCAGCUGCAUUUCAAGGGCUUGGCUCCGUUUGCAGAUGCGGUGGUCUACUGGAUCUGCCUGUUCGCGCUGAAUCAACACCAGGUGGCGGAGGAGGUUGGCGAGCUGCCCAUGCAAGGGCCUUUCAAUGCAGCUUUGGCGCAAGCGCGCGGGGGCGCAGUUAUGAUCAUGGAUGAGAAGGCAGAACCAUUCAAGAGAAUCUGGUGUUUGUUUGAGGUACAUCGUUUGCAGGAGAUGAAUCGGCCACUGGAACUCAUCACUGACACGGGUGCCUUUCGCAAUGUGCUGCAGAAUGCAAGAGGCUCAGUAGAAGAGGUUGCUGCGCAGGAACUUCUGUACUGUGCCGCUUCCACCUUGUGGAACGUCAAGGCAUAUGAGGCUCGAUCCAGCAGUGAGCUUGACAAACAGCGGAUUCUGUGCUCCAUUUGCGACCCUCACCUUCGCAACCUUUCGGGCCAGCAUUUGCAACAGCUUGGAUUCCAGCCUUCUGCCUUCAAUGAGUUCGACAACAAAAUCCACAGCUUGUUGUCAACCCACCUGCUGGAAGCAUUCGUGGAGGCGGGUGAUGUGAUCCGGUCCUUUGAAUGCUUUGCGCAUGGUGCCCGAUUCACACCAGCGCAGCUCGCGAAGUUCCUUGAAACAGCAGGCCCCCAAAUGGGGGACCCGCAGAAAAUGGUGCCGAUGGUGCUGGCCAAGCUGCUGCGCGAGACGGCUCACCACGGACAUGGUCCGGAAACGCGAGCCUUGAUCGAAGCUGGUGCUGACUUGGAUACAUCAGCAGGCGACGGGAUAACAGCCCUCAUGUUCGCAAUCAUGGGUGCCCAUACGGAAGUGGUUUGCGACCUGGUUCAUGCGCGAGCGGAUGUGCAAGCUGUGGCGAAUGUGGAUGGCAUGACACCGUUGUUGCAUGCGGCAGUGACGGGUUCCAGCGAUAUCCUCAGCGCACUGCUUCAAGCAGGUGCAUCGACGGCAGUGACAAAUGCUGCUGGAUUGACGCCCGUGUUAAUGGCAGCAGACCGAGGACAUGCACCUGCGUUGGCAUUGCUGAGCCAACAUCGGGCUGACAUGCAUGCCACAGACACCCGUUUAAGAACACCACUCACUGUAGUGGCAGGCCUGGGACAUGCUGAGGCUGCACGAGUUUUGAUUGGCCUCCGCGCAGAUACAGAGCGAAGAGACAUGGAUGGGGACACGGCAUUGACGUUCGCAGCUGCACUUGGCAAAGAUACGAUCGUUGACGUUCUCCUCGAUGCAAGGGCAGAGAUUGCGGCACUGAACAAUGACAACAAGAGCGCUCUUCUUUUGAGUUCUGCCGGGGGGCAUGAAGCUGUCGUGCAGCAUUUGCUUCGCGCGCGUGCAGAUACAAGCAAGGCACAGAAUGGUGGUGACUGCCUGUUAGCUGCUGCGGAAAAUGGCCAUACUUUGGUGGCCGACUUGCUCAUCCGCGCAGGGAUGCAAGUGAAUGAUGUGGAUGAGGGCGGAGCUGCACCGAUCCAUAUGGCAUGCUUCAAGGGACACUCCGAGGUCGUGGAACUUUUGUUCAAGUCGGGCGCUGUUGCUACACAGAGGAUACAUGAAAUAGGCGUUUCCCCGUUGCUUGCUGCAGUGGCUCCAGGCCAUGAAGCGGCUGCUAGGGUUGUACUGCGCGCUUGUCCAACUUCCGUCGGUGAUGUUGAUGCGAAAGGGCGGACAGGAUUGCACAUGGCAGCUUUGCACCAUGACCAUGACGACAUUAUCAAACUGCUGCUUGAGGCUCGGGCAGAUGUGAAUGCCACGGACCCAGAUGGCAUUACAGCCCUGAUGCUUGCUGCCGUCGAAGGGCAUGAAGCCCCAACAAGGUGUUUGCUAGAUGCUGGCGCAGUGGCAGCUGCGAGAGCGCAAAAUGGCACCACUGCGUUGAUGGGAGCCGUGGUGGCUGGCAGUUGCGCUGUUGUGAAGAUGUUGCUACCUGAGCUGGCAGAAGGCCAGCUAGAAGCUGUCGACCACGCCGGCACUAGCGCCCUCAUGAUGGCUUCAGCAAGAGGCGACGCAACAAUGGUUGCCAGCUUCUUGGGGCACCAGAAAGAAGCAGGAGUUCACCAGAAGGAUUCUGAAGGACGAGAUUCCUUGCUUUUGGCCUGCACGGGUGGCCAUACUCACGUGGCAGAGCUGUUGCUGGAAGCAGGCGCAAAUGUGGAGACGCGAGAUCGGCGCAACUUUACCCCCUUACAAGCCGCUUCACUGGAAGGAUCAGAGAGUUUGGUGACGCUGCUGCUAGGUUUCCGCGCAGACCCAAAUGUAAGGGGCCCACACGGGCGGCAUUCGCUUUUUGCUGCUGCCUUCUGCGACUCUCCAAGCGUCGCCAAACUCCUACUGACCGCCAGGGCGGAACUUGAUCUGGAAGAUUGCCAUGGUGUGACUCCCUUGAUGCUUGCAGCCGAAAAGGGUCACUAUGAGAUGACGCAUCUCCUGCUCGAGUCGCGUGCCGACAUGAAUGCCCGCAGCCAGAAUGGCUGUUCGGCGCUGGUGGCGGCCUUGGAGUGUGGGCACGAAUCUGUGGCCCAGCUCUUGCGCAGUGCAGGCGCGGAGGAGACGGGCCCUUCAAUUACAAUUCGGCGGAUAGGUGAUGUGCCCCCAGGCUUGCUCGACCUGCUCCAAAAUGCAGGCAGCGGAGAUGGCGCAACAGUGCCUUGCACAGCGCUGCCGCCGGAGCUUCUUGCAGUCCUACAGGGCCUGGCGGAUAGCUGA